UCUCCGGACCGCCCCGGAAGUAUUCUCUAGCCACUCCCCAAGAGCUUGAGGGCUUGGCUCCAGGAUCGACCUGUCUAAAACUGCCAACGUCAUCUCCGCCCUUAUUAUCUGCGACGUGGCCGGCUUCUUCUGCCCAGAGAGAACGUCACAUCCGCCGAUUCCCUGACCUGCUGCUAGGAUCGCGACGGGAACUGGAACCCGAGGUCCCCGCGCGGUCCGGGCCUGGCGCCCUGAGGGGAAAAGCGGCCUGGCCCAGCCAUGACAGACGGGAUCCUAGGGAAGGCAGCCACAAUGGAGAUCCCCAUCCAUGGGAAUGGCGAAGCCGGGCAGCUUCCUGAAGAUGAUGGGCUGGAGCAGGACCUCCAGCAGGUGAUGGUGUCAGGACCCAACCUCAAUGAAACUAGCAUUGUGUCUGGUGGCUAUGGGGGCUCUGGUGAUGGACUCAUUCCCACAGGGUCUGGCCGCCAUCCGUCUCACAGCACCACACCUGCUGGCCCUGGUGAUGAGGUGGCCCGGGGCAUCGCUGGAGAAAAGUUUGACAUCGUCAAGAAAUGGGGCAUCAACACAUAUAAGUGCACAAAGCAGCUGUUAUCAGAGCGAUUUGGCCGAGGCUCCCGGACUGUGGAUCUGGAGCUAGAGCUGCAGAUUGAAUUGCUGCGUGAGACGAAGCGCAAGUAUGAAAGUGUCCUGCAGCUGGGCCGGGCACUGACAGCCCACCUCUACAGCCUGCUGCAGACCCAGCAUGCACUAGGUGAUGCCUUUGCUGACCUCAGCCAGAAGUCCCCAGAGCUUCAGGAGGAAUUUGGCUACAAUGCAGAGACACAGAAGUUGUUGUGCAAGAAUGGGGAGACGCUGCUGGGCGCUGUGAACUUCUUUGUCUCUAGCAUCAAUACACUGGUCACCAAGACCAUGGAAGACACGCUCAUGACUGUCAAACAGUAUGAGGCUGCCAGGCUGGAGUAUGAUGCCUACCGGACAGACUUAGAGGAGCUGAGUCUAGGCCCCCGGGAUGCAGGGACGCGUGGUCGACUUGAGAGUGCCCAGGCCACAUUCCAGGCCCAUCGGGACAAAUAUGAGAAGCUGCGGGGAGAUGUGGCCAUCAAGCUCAAGUUUCUGGAAGAAAACAAGAUCAAGGUGAUGCACAAGCAGCUGCUGCUGUUCCACAAUGCGGUGUCCGCCUACUUUGCUGGGAACCAGAAACAGCUGGAGCAGACCCUGCAGCAGUUCAACAUCAAGCUGCGGCCUCCAGGAGCCGAGAAGCCUUCCUGGCUAGAGGAGCAGUGAGCGGCUUCCAGCCCAACUUGGUUAUCAAGAAGGACACUGGGCAGGGCAGUCCCAGGGUGGAGGAGACGGGACGUGGGACAUCCCUUGCCACUUGCUUUCCGGCUUGGGCUCCCUUUUCCUGGCUGGGGUCUGACACCAGUUUUGCCCAUACUACUGUGGUGUGAAGAGGGCCUGUAGGCCCAGAAGCUGCUGCCCUGUCCUUUAUCUUCCUGGUCACUGGGCUUCAUUCCCAGAUCUUUUCCUUUCACUCCACAGCCAAAGGCUAUGACAAAAUCGCUCCCUGGCCAAUGGCAUCACUCCUCAGGCCUAGCCCCAGCUUUGGGAUGUGCCCCUGACCAAAGGCAGGACCUCAAAAGGCCCUGUCUGCCAAUGGCAGCUCUUCUUGGGCUCCCCUGGGCCAACGAUGUUGCCUCCAAUACCCUUUGUCCCCCUUCUGUGUGUGCCCAGGGCAGAGAAGGGGACUGGGACCAAAGGGGUGGGGAUAAUGGGGAGCCCCAUUGAUGACCCUGCAUCUGAAUGGGCCUCACCUUGUCCAGCUACCCAGUUGAAUUGUGCUUAGAGACCAGGAAGACUGGGAUCUAGCACUAGGAAUAAACCUUUCCUAAAAGCAGGCCCAGUGAGGUCAAUUUGUGGGGGACUAGAGGAGGGUGGGUUGGCAGAGAAAUGCUCAGUCUAAUGCAUUCAAAUCCUAUGAAUUCAGAAGAGCUGCAGCCAGACAGCUGAAAUCACAAGUUUGAGAAACAGCCUGAAGGCCUGAUCUCCCUCAGUCCCAGUUGGAGCCAAAGCUUUAUUUUCCUUUUUGGUUAGCACCAAGAUAGCUAUAGAUCUGAAGAGCAUAGGGUCCAGAGAGGCUUGAGCUUGCUGACCAUCAUGCAUUCAAUCAUACAGCAAAUGUUUACUGAGUGCUUUUAUUUGCCAGGCACUGCGUUAGACCCUGGGGAAACAUCAGUGAAUAAAACACAGUCCCUGCUCACAGUGCUUAAGGCCUAGUGGGGGAUAGAGAUGAGUAACCAGGCAACUACAAUACAAUGAGAAAUACUAGGAUACAGCAAUACAGGAUGCAGUGGGAGCACCAGACAAGGGGCACCUAGCUUAGACUGGGGUAGAGAUGGUGAUGCCAAUUUAAAAGCUGCAAUCUGAAAAGUAAGUGUCCAACAGCCAGGCAGAAAGGCCAGUGUACAUGAAGACUGAGUAGGAAUUCAGCCUGGAAUGAAAAAUGGAAGAGGGCAGGACAAAAGAAAGACCUUUCACCCUUCAGAGAAAGGAAACAAACCUUUCAAUCAGGUUUGCCAUUUAGAAGCCCAAGGUUGAGGAACAAGUACUGCGCCUUAAAAUAGUGUUCAUCUUUGGUAGCCUAGUGGCCCUAGCUUGGCACUCUAAGCAUGAAGCCUGCCUGAGGCUCCUUCACACAAGCAGUCAGUGUCCCUUGCUGGGUUCAGAGAAGGAGGCAGUUCCAUGGCACCUCCUGCAGCCAGUUGUUAAACCCAGACCUGAACUUUAUGUGAGAAGUCACAAGACAGCUCCCAGCAGCACUUUAGUCAGGGCCGUCACAAUGUUAGCCCUUGGCCAAAGACAAUCUCCCACCUCUGGAGGGUGGAGAACGGACAACCCCGCCAGCAGGUUCUCAUAGCACGGGAUUCACGUAAGUUGGCCUCUUGAUAUACAAUUCCCAGCCAGACUUCCUGGGCUUUGGUUAGCCUGUAUGUAGUCAGCUGUCUGCCAAUUAUUAGGGGUGGGGGUCCUCAUACAGUCCCUUACUUUAUAGACCUGAGUGCCCAUAAAUGCACUGAGUCGCCAACUGGCUGGAGAUGGAGCCUGAAAGCAGAGCCCAAACAUUCCACCAUUUUCAGCCAAGUGAUUAGGAUUAACGCCGGGGGAACUAAAGCUCUUACUUCUGUUGUACAAUAGCUAAUAAAAGAAGCUACCUAUCAUGAUUAUGAGUAUUAAAUGAGAUAAUGUAUGUAUAGUGAUUAGUUCUGUGUCUGGCACAUAAUAAACACUCAGUCCCUGUUAACGUA